GACCGGACCCCGAGACGCCCCCCGGGACCGGACCCCGCAACCCCCCCUGGACCGGACCCCGCGACCCCCACGGUACCACGGCCCGGCCGAGAUGGCGGCGGUACCGGCGGCCGAGAGGCCCAAGACCUCCCCGAAAUCCGUCAAGUUUCUUUUCGGCGGCCUGGCCGGGAUGGGGGCCACCGUGUUUGUGCAGCCCCUGGACCUGGUGAAGAACCGGAUGCAGCUGAGCGGGGCUGGGGCCAAGGGCCGGGAGUACCGGACAUCCCUGCACGCCCUGGGCUCCAUUCUGCGCCACGAGGGGCUGAGGGGCAUCUACACCGGGCUGUCGGCGGGGCUGCUACGCCAGGCCACCUACACCACCACCCGCCUGGGCAUCUACAGCGUCCUCCUGGAGCGUUUUGGGGGGGCUGACGGGACCCCCCCUCCCUUCCUGGCCAAAGCAGCCAUGGGCAUGACCGCGGGGGCUGCGGGGGCUUUCGUGGGGACCCCGGCUGAGGUGGCGCUCAUUCGCAUGACAGCUGAUGGCAGGCUACCCCCCGGCGAGCGCCGUGGGUACCACAACGUGUUCGACGCCCUCGUGAGGAUGGCAAGGGAGGAGGGGGUGUUCACGCUGUGGAGGGGCUGCAUCCCCACCAUGGCCCGUGCCGUGGUGGUCAACGCCGCCCAGCUCGCCUCCUACUCCCAAUCCAAACAAUUCUUGCUGGACUCCGGGCAUUUCCGUGACGACAUCCUGUGCCACUUCUGCGCCAGCAUGAUCAGCGGGCUGGUGACCACGGCUGCCUCCAUGCCCGUGGACAUUGUCAAGACCCGGAUCCAGAACAUGAGGACAAUAGAUGGGAAACCCGAGUACCGCAACGGGCUGGACGUGCUGCUGAAGGUGGUGCGCUACGAGGGCUUCUUCAGCCUCUGGAAGGGCUUCACCCCCUACUACGCCCGCCUGGGCCCCCACACCGUGCUCACCUUCAUCUUCCUCGAGCAGAUGAACAAGUGGUACCAGCGGCUCUUCCUCACUGCCUGACACCCCCGGGGGGGGUCGGGGGGCAUCUGACCCCAUCCCAUGGGCUCUCCAGGGGCACUUGACCCCCACUGAAGGGGUUUUGGGGGUGUCUGACUUCUCCCUCAGGUGCUGUGGGGGUGCUUGACCCCCCCCCCCCCCACACACACACCACCAGGGGCUGGGGGGGAGGUGGCUCUGCAGGAAUUGCCUGACCACCCCCAUAUCAAGGCUAUGAAGUGGUCCUGGGGCCCUAUGGAGGGGUCUUGGGCCCUGUAGGGGUGCAGGACCCACUCCUUAGGGCUGUAGGGAUCCCUGGGGCCCUGUGAAGGGGCCCUGGACCUGAUGCAGGGGUGCUGGAUCCCUCCCAUGGGGACACUAGGGGAUGCCUUGUCCCUGUGGGGCAGCCCUCUCUAAGGACUGGAGGUGCCCUCCCCCUGUGCUCCCCUUCCCACCCCUCUGGGGGUUUUGUUACCAGCCAAUAUCAAGGUCACAGUGUGGGGCAGGAGCUCCCCAAAAUUUCCCCCCUCCCUCCCCAUCUACCCUGUGCUUCGUUAUCGAAUCAUGGAUCGUGAUCAUGUAAUUAAAGCAAGACCCACAAACA